CAAACAAGCUUAACUUCACCCGGCGCUGCAGAUUAACACCACAGCGGCCCCUGAAGGAGCCAUACUGCCUCCUCUGCCUCCGCCUCCCCCCUCCUCGCCUCCCGAGCGUGACACAUGAAGGAGGGACAAUCUGGAGGGCUUGCCUGGACGUCGUAAUGAGGGGAGUGAUACUCAGACUGGUGCAGAAGCAGGGAAGGGUCACGCUAAAAGGCACCUGGAGGUGGAGGUACAGCGGGAGAGCCAUGGUCACCCAUUGGAGGCGUGAUUAGUGUGAAGCUCUGGCAGGCAGACAGGUGAGAGGACACCGGGCUGAGAGCAAAGACAAGGUAAAAAUAAAACAGGAAAGGCAUAAUCCAAGUCUGACAGAUGGAUAAUCAAGACAAGGGGGGAGGUAAAGAUGGAGGAGGUGGGCAGGCGAAAGACAAACAAAAAUCUGAGGAGGUCAGUGAUGAAGACAAGCAGACCAAAGACAAGCACAACAAGCUGGAGAAGGAGAGCAGCGAGAAGGUGCCGAGGAGCGAAGCCCGGAAGGAGAACCGUCGGCUGGGUCAGUGGAGGAGUGGCUGGGCUCUGACCGAACGUCUGGCCAUCAACGUGUCAGGGAUGCGCUAUGAAACCCAGCUCCGGACCCUUGCCCAGUUCCCAGACUCCCUGCUGGGAGACCCUCGUCGCCGCCUCCGAUACUUCGACCCGCUGCGUAACGAACUCUUCUUGGACAGAAACCGGGCCUGCUUCGAUGCCAUCCUCUACUUCUACCAGUCAGGCGGGAGGCUGCGGAGGCCCGCCAACAUCCCGCUGGACAUGUUCCUGGAGGAGCUACGCUUCUACGAGCUCGGAGAGGAGAUCAUUGACCGCUUCAAGGAGGACGAAGGCUUCGCCAAGGAGGAGGAGAGACCUUUACCUGCCAAGAAGUGGCAGCAGAGCAUCUGGAUGCUGUUUGAGUAUCCGGAGUCGUCCAGCGGCGCGAGAAUCAUCGCCAUUAUCAGCGUCAUGGUCAUCGUGAUCUCCAUCCUCAUUUUCUGCCUGGAGACUCUGCCGGAGUUCAGGAUUGAGAAGGAACGGAGAGAGCAAUUCACCACCAUCCCUCACCCCACCAUGCCCAACGAAACCAUCCUCAUCCCGCCUGGAUUCACCCCCUUCCAGGACCCGUUCUUCAUAGUCGAGACCAUCUGCAUCUGCUGGUUCUCCUUUGAGCUCAUCAUGCGCUUCAUCAGCUCUCCGAACAAGGUGCACUUCUUCAAGGACAUCAUGAACAUCAUCGACUUCUUUGCUAUCAUGCCUUAUUUCGUCACGCUGGGCACUGAGCUGGCCAAGGACAAAGGCACUCAGCCAUCGGUGUCUCUGGCCCUGAUCAGGGUCAUCAGGCUGGUGAGGGUCUUCAGGAUCUUCAAGCUGUCACGUCACUCCAAGGGCCUGCAAAUUCUCGGCCAGACGCUGAAGGCUAGUCUUCGAGAGCUCGCCCUGCUCAUCUUCUUCCUCUUCAUCGGCGUCAUACUCUUCUCCAGCGCCGUCUACUUUGCUGAGGUGGACAGUCCUGGCACGGCCUUCACCAGCAUACCUGAGGCCUUCUGGUGGGCUGUGGUGUCCAUGACGACGGUCGGCUACGGUGACAUGUGUCCGGGGACGGUUGGAGGGAAGCUAGUGGGCUCCAUGUGUGCCAUCGCUGGCGUCCUCACCAUCUCGUUGCCGGUGCCCGUCAUCGUGUCCAACUUCAGCUACUUCUACCACCGAGGGAUGGAGUGCGAGGACACCAAGGAGUAUCACCACGUCGCCACCUCACUCUGGGAGAAGGACGAUGAGGAGGAUGAAGACGAAAACGGAACGGACGACUGGCCUGAAAACAUUGAGGAUUAUGCACCACUGUACGGACAGAACAGGGUCAUCAGGCCACCGCUCAGUGGAGCUCUGCUGGAUGCGCUCGACAAAACUGGUCAAAAAGGAAUAAACUUCUACCUCAAAGAACCACUGGUCACUCAGGUUUAAAGACAGACAGGAGACAGACGGAGUCCUGUCACAAAACAUGAAGUUGAAAAGGAGGAACGAGAUGGCGACACUAAGAAGUGCAGCGAUUCAAACCCAGGUCUGUGCCUCUCAUGUGAUCAUUGUUUUUUUAUAUCUGAGGCUUCUGCAUGAUUAGAUACAUAGAAAGCAUCUGUUUUUCUUGACAGAAAAGCAGAACUUAUAAAUGUUUCCAGAUCCAGUGAAGCAUCUUCUGUCAAUCUCAAAUAAAAAUAUCCAUCCAGCUGCACGAUAAAACAGAUUUUUUUCUCUGUUUCCAAAGCCAAUUUAACAUAUCAGCGACAUGCACCUUAAACAGCUGGUUUUGAGCAAAGCAAGAACACUUCGAUUAAAAUAGACAUAUGUGGAUUCAGUUUAUCCAGAAACUUCCUACAAGGUUUCCAGAAAGUUCCUAGAAAGUUUCCUGAUACUAAACAUAUGAAAACAUGGAAUUCCUCUGAAAGAGAAUCUGUCAUUUAAACUCAAGUAAAUAUUCAUUCAAUCCUAAUUAACAUUUGAAACUGUACAACAGUGGUGGAAAGGAACUUAGACAAACAUCAACUAAAGUGGUACUUUACUGAAGUAUUUCCAUUUUUAUGGUACUCCACUACAUUUCAGAGGGAAAUAUUGUAGUUUCUAUUCCACUACAUUAAUCUGACAGCUUCAGUUACUUUUAAGAUGAAGAUUUUAUGCAAUGGAUAAUAUAACAAGCUUUUCAAAAGACCAGUGAUUUUAAAACCUUUUUGACUUCGAGCAUAUUUUAAAAAAUAGUGUGUAGUUGAGCUCACAUUUCAGAUAAACUUCUCAUAUGCUUUCAUUUCAGUAAAUCUUCCAAUGAUCCAAUAUCUCAGCAAAAAUCAAUGAUUAGAGACAAAACUGAAAACAGAUGUAUGUAUCAAAACUUAGUUUUUUUCUUCUUUUCUCUGUUAUUAAUCAUAUCACACUCAGAUUCAUCUGUUGUCUCUGAAUAUAAAACUAAAUAUAAAACUGGAUAUGAAGUUGUUGCAACAGCUACAACCAUAACAUGCUGCUAACACAAUAAUGCUUCACUAUAAAUAAUGUAAUCUUGUCAUAUAAAAUAAUAUAUCAGCCAGAGGGACCAAAGCAGGGCUUUUACUUUAAUAUUUUAACUACAUUUGGCUGCUGUGAAUGUUUACUUAAGAAGGAUUAUUCAUACAGGACUUUCCCUUGUACUUGAGUGUUUUUACUUUGCUGUAUUGCUACUUAAGUAAAGGAUCUGAAUACUGGUUCUACCACUGGUGCAUCCUCCCUAUAUGUAGACUUUUCUGCUUACUUUUGAACAAUUUUAACCCUGUUUUCACAUUCAGUUGAUGAAACACUAUGCAGUUUACACUAGAAAAUGUUUUUUUCCGCCCCUAUAAUUAGUAGAUUAUUCAGAUUUAGUGAUGUGUUGUGCAGAGGUGUCACUUGGAAAACACGCUAAAAAUCUUCUUUAAUGUGCAGGUGAUUGAAUAUGUUUCAGUCACGCUUGACAGAAGAUAAUCCGAGGCAUCUGGGAAUUGCAUUAAUACAAAUAAGUGUUUGGUAAACUGAGAUUUUUAUCUUGGAGAGAAAACAGAUUUGUAUCUCUUUAAUGUAGCUGUAAAUGCAAAAGUCUCACAUCUAAAAAUUAUGAUUACAUGAGAGAAACUGUAGCAACACUGAUACCAGAAGUAAAUCUAUACUAAAAACAGAACCAUGUCAUUCUACAGUAUGUGCACAAUCACUGGAGAGACUGUUUACUUAAGGAUCUGUGUUCUUAAUGUCCAUUCGCUGUGUAUUUAUCUGAGUAAGUUAGAUUUCCAAAGAAGAUAACUCCUUUAUUUGUCCUUGUGCAGCUGCUAAAUCUGUUUUGAGUGAAGCCCUGUACUUGUAGGAGUUAUGGCAGAAAUGUGGAUGUGCGAUCUCACGCUGACGUGGACAACAAAGAGAUCGCUCAUCGGCUGCUGAUGGUGCAGACAGAGUUCAUGUAGUUGGUCCAGAGCCAGUUUGUAUGUCACAUAGUUACACAGUGUAAUAGAUACAUCAGAGAGAGGUGCAGGGCAGAGACCUGAUCUCAAGUCAGACAUUUUUGUCACGGGGGUAAAGUCGAGACUACGAGGCCUUCUGGCUGAAGCAGCUCUGAUGAUCUCAGGCUCAGCUGGUUGUUGCUGUAGCUUUGUAGAACUUUGUCCUCACAUCACUGAUAACUUUGGCUUUCUUUAUACUCAACAGUGGGGAUGUCCCAUUAAUUUUUGCCUCCAGUCAAAUUCCAAUCCACAUUAUUUCACAUUUAGCAUCUGCCAAAAAUCUGACACCAGUUUCCUAGGUAAUACAUACUAUCUGCUGUACUAUCUGGUUGCUUUUACUAUCUAAUACUGUAGCAACCAGAGGAGGCUGACACUGCAGUGUUGGCAAGCAGAGAGCAUUGUGGGGUUUAGCUAGUGAAGGGGCACCAUGAUAAAGUCUUAUGUGAGGCUUAAUGACCUCUAACAUCAGUACAUUAGCCUAGUGGCACAUUCAACAGCUGCUUAUGCAUCCUGAAUUGUGUGGCUUUACCAGUAAAAUCAGCCCAUAACCAAUAAAAGUGUGUUGAGUACAUAUAAUUAAUAAAUCAAUUAUUGAUUGACAUUGUUGCAUAUAUAAAGGAAAUUAAUCAAAUUUACAAUGUAUGUAUGACAGUGGAUGUAAACAAAGGAUUGAACAUAGGUUGUUACCAAUAUAAUUAGUUCUAACUUGCCUUGACAUCCCUGCUACACAGUGUACAUGUGUUAUUAAAAGAAAGCCUAAAUCUGUGUUUUUGAGUCUCAAACAUUUCACUAUCUUUAGGAUUGAUCAGUGGCUGCAUUGAUGUCAAUUUUGUUUGAGCACUGGGGAGGUUUACAAGUCUUUCCCCAAGAAAUUCUUGGUGUCAGACAAUUAAUUUUUUUAGUGAAUCGUUAGGCACCAAUUUACGCCUUUUCUGCAUUCUUUGGUGGUAGGAAUGUCAUUUUCAUGUAAAGGAAAACACGAAAAUUCAGAGUCUCAUGAAAUAUAGUAAUGCUGUCAGGCUCAUGGACAUUCUGUAUUACGGUCAAAUAUUUAUUCUCCUGUAGAUCAACUUUUGUUGUCUUUUGUUUGGCGAAGUAACCAUUUUAAAUGUGUAUGUGGCACAUCUUUACGUCAGUGUUAAAUUAAUUAACUAUAAGUUAUGUUAAUUUUAAUUUAACUUUAAUAAAAACCAGUAGAUUUUAUUUGUUUAUUUAUGUUUCAGCAAGAUUUCUGCUGGUAUUCUAAACUUUUUCAUUAUUCAAAACUUCUUACACAUGCAUCAUCUCUUUGUUUGAUAUGCUGGAGAAAAAAUAAGAAUUUUUUUUGCUCAUUUAAAUACAACAGUGAAAAAGAACAUAUUUUUGAUGUGAACACAGUUACAGUUUUGACCAUUUUUGUUUGUGUGAUUUUACAGUCAACAUAUAAAUUAACAUUUUUUUUCUUUCCAUUUACUUGUUAUUAUCUGCAGUUGAACAAAACAGGAAACAUCUAUAAAAUAACAGCAAUUGCUAAAAAACAAAAUAAAAACUGUUACAGUGCACCACAUAACUUAUCCAGCAAUUAUCAGCUUAUUAUAGAAAACUCCUUGUUGUUAUAAGAGCUGCAUUGACUGGCAGAGAUUCUUCUGCUAAAUUUAACUGUUUGAGUCUGAAGACUCUGAUUAAAAAGUCAGAAACAAUGAAUUUUGAUGGUGACGCUAUUUCACAGCAGUAAAAAGGAUCAAAAUGUCCUUAGUUAUCCUUAAACCACUCCUGCAAGAUAAUCUGCUUUAUUGCUGUCCAUCUGUAAACUAGUUACGCUCUGAACAGGGACGAUAUGAUGAAUAUAGAUUUAUACUGUGGGAUGAUACAGACGUGUGAAACUGGAGGCAAAGCUUGAAAUCAGUAAGUUUUACAAGCAAUCAUUGUGGUAAUACGGAAGACAUCAAAACUAUAAAAGAAUAUAUAUGGAAUUAAGUUGUUAACAAAAAUGUGUUAAUCUUCAGUAUUAAUCUAAAAUGUAGAAAAUAAUACAAAUAAACAUUGAAUGAGAAGGUGUGUCCAGACUUUUGAUUGGUAGUGCAUAUAUACGUUUGGUUUUAAUUCAAUCUUUAAGUGUUGUGGAUGUCAGUUGGAUGAGGUACAAACUCGGUAUUCAGUCAAAACGGUGUGUUUGUAAGAUACCAGCAUUAUAGACAAUAGACAAGCAGGCAAUAGAGAAAAAGUUAUUUCUUACUGUGAUUUCUUUGUGAAUGAAUUUAAGCUGACGGCAGCCAUUAAGAAACACUUUUCAAGCCUUAAAGAAGUGAAUGUUUAACUCUCAAAGAGGAAAAAGAACUUAUGUUGUUUUUUUUUACUUCAAAAAGUCUAUUUUACUCAUAAAGCACAUUUAAGAGUUACACCAAAGUGGUGCACAACUAAAAUAUGAGGACAUAAAACACACUGACCAGAAGGCAAAUCUGAAUAAAAAAAUAAAUUAUGGGGCUGUAAGGGAUGAAGUCAGGGUGUCAAAAUCUGUUAAAAUUGAAUUCUUUUGAGAAGAGGUGGGUCUUCAGCAGCAAUUUUUAAAAGAGAGAUUAGGAGCAGCCACCACGAGGGCACAAUUAGCUCCGUUUUUGUGCCUCAAUCUGCAGAUUGAGGCACAAAAACAUUCUAGAGCAUUCUAGAGCAUUCUAGUUGGUUUAUCUUAGUGCUCAAACUGGGGUAUGAUGAUGUUAAAUGAGGUCAUUUAAAGUCUUAAAAACAAGCAAUAAAAUCUUAAAAUGAACCUGAAAUGGACAGGGAGCCAGUAGAGGGAGGCCAGUACUGGUGUUAUGUGAGCACGCUUUAUUUUUUCAAUAAAGAUGAGAAAAAUAAAAGACACCUUCAUAAUGUGUUUUGAUUGUGUGAAUGUAGUAUGACCUGCAUAUAUUCUGAGGACAAAUGUGGCUUUGUAUGUCUUUCAUUACUUAAUAAAGGUCAUAUUUUAUCUCUUA